AUGACAGACGUCUCUUCCUCGCGGCGCAAGGCCCACAAAGCGCACUUCUCUGCUCCGUCGUCGAUCCGUAGAAAGAUAAUGUCUUCUGCGCUUUCCAAGGAGCUCCGUGGCAAACACAAUGCUCGUUCCCUCCCCAUCCGCAAAGACGACGAAGUCCGCAUCGUGCGCGGCAAAUACAAAGGCAGAGAGGGCAAAGUCACACAGGUGUACAGGAAGAAAUGGGUCAUCCACGUCGACCGUGUGCAGAGAGACAAAUCAAACGGAGCGACCUCUCCUAUUGGGAUUCACCCGAGCAAUGUGGUUAUCACAACUAUCAAGUUGGAUAAGGAUAGACGCGCGAUUCUUGAUAGGAAAAACCGCAAGGCUGCUGGGAGCACCGAUGUGGAGAUGGUGGACUAA